AUGUCCUCGCCCCCUUCGCCGGGGGAGUGCCGCUCGCCGGUGGGGCUGGACUGCUGCAGCUGCUGCCUCGAGCUGGCCCACCGCGGCGGCCUGGAGGAGGGGCCCCUGGGCUGCCGCGCCAACCUGGGCAGCCCGGCGGCCAGCCCCUUCCAGCAGCUGCGCCAGCAGCUCGUCUGCCAGAACCUCAACGCCGACAAGCUGAGCCGCAUCAUGCGCCAGGACUCCCUGGAGCCCGUGGUGCGCGACCCCUGCUACCUCUUCAACCAGGGCAUCUGCAACCGCAACAUCGACCAGACCCUGCUCUCCAUUCUCCUCUUCUUCCACAGCGCGUCGGGGGCCAGCGUGGUCGCCAUCGACAACAAGAUCGAGCAGGCGAUGGAUCUAGUCAAGAACCACCUGAUGUAUGCAGUGAGGGAGGAGGUAGAAGUACUGAAAGAGCAGAUUAAAGAGCUGGUGGAGAAGAACUCCCAGCUGGAGCGAGAGAACAGCCUCCUGAAGAACCUGGCCAGCCCGGAGCAGCUGCAGAAGUUCCAGUCUCGGCUGCCGCUGGAGGUGCCCUCGCCGGCACCGGAGAAGCAGAGCCGAGGAGCAGCUGCCCCGGCCCAGCACACCGGGGGUUCUGCGGUGUAAGGUGGCUCUGUCCUUGGGGUGGGCAGAGCCACAGAACAUUUUCUACUUAAUCUCCUUCUGAGUGGUUUCCUUAUCUCUCUUUUGGAGGAUUCUGGCUAGGCGAAAGCCGCUGCUGGAAUGAUGCCCUGAAGGGGGCUGGUUAAUUCCUGGCAGGCUGACUUGGGUUGGCCAGAGACUGUCUCCUGAAGUCAAGAGUGCAAGGGGGGGGAGCCCUGCACAACCAAGCAACCCUGCCCGAAGGUUC